AGUUUCUUAUGCUCAUGUUAAUUCUGCAGCAGUUGCCCCCUAUUUUUUCCGGUACAAAGGUGGUCGGUUUUGUUAUCCGCCAGCAUCAACCUUACUUGAGCUCUACAUCAUCCAUGGCCAUGGCCGAGUAGCCUUCUUUCUUCUUUGUUUGCCUAUUUCCUCUCGCUCGCUACUUUUUACUCUUUGAAAAUUGUUGGAUUUAGUCCUCUUCCGGAAAUGUUGUUCAACGACGCCGUUUCACUCCUCUUCCUCUUCUUCCUUGCCGUUUCAGCGACGGCAGACCCGACUUUCAACGACGACGUUUUGGGUCUCAUCGUUUUCAAGUCUGGACUCGAAGACCCUCUCUCUAAGCUCUCUUCUUGGAACUCCGAAGACUACGAUCCCUGCAACUGGGUCGGUUGCACAUGCGACCCUGCCUCCAAUCGGGUCUCGGAGCUCCGACUUGACUCCUUCUCUCUCUCCGGUCACAUCGGCCGUGGCCUUCUCCGUCUCCAGUUCCUCCACACCUUGGUCCUCUCCAACAACAACCUCACCGGAACCCUAAACCCCGAGUUCCCUCACCUCGGCAGCCUCCAAGUCGUCGAUUUCAGCGACAAUAGUCUCUCGGGUCGGAUCCCAGACGGGUUCUUCGAGCAAUGCGGGUCCUUGAGGUCCGUCUCUUUGGCCAACAACAAACUCACAGGUCCUCUUCCUGUCUCCCUCAGCUACUGUUCUACUCUCAUUCAUCUUAACCUCUCAAGCAAUCAACUUUCUGGGAGAUUACCACGAGAUAUCUGGUUCCUCAAGAGCUUAAAGUCCCUUGAUUUAUCUGCCAAUUUUCUCCAAGGAGAUAUCCCCGAUGGCCUCGGUGGUCUCUACGAUCUCCGUCUCUUUAACCUAUCCAGAAACUGGUUUUCCGGUGACGUUCCUUCCGACAUCGGAAGAUGUCCUUCCCUGAAAUCGCUUGACUUGAGUGAGAACUACUUCUCCGGGAAUCUUCCGGCUUCCAUGAAAAGCCUGGGCUCUUGCCGCUCCAUCCGACUGCGAGGAAACUCUCUCAUCGGAGAAAUCCCUGAUUGGAUCGGUGACAUUGCCACUCUCGAGACUCUUGAUCUCUCCGCCAACAACUUCUCCGGCACUGUCCCAUCCUCCCUCGGAAAUCUCGAGUUUUUGAAGGAACUCAAUCUAUCCGCAAACAUGCUCGCUGGGGAGCUCCCGCAGACCAUCUCCAACUGCUCCAACCUAAUCUCCAUUGAUGUCAGCAAGAAUUCAUUCACCGGAGAUGUGCUUAAGUGGAUGUUCACCGGAAACUCUGAAAGUCCCUCGCUUUCCAGAUUUAGCCUCCACAAAAGAUCAGGGAACGACACCAUUCUGCCCAUCGUCGGAUUUCUUCAAGGUCUCCGGGUCCUCGAUCUGUCUUCUAACGGGUUUUCCGGUGAGUUACCGUCUAACAUUUGGAUCCUCACAAGUUUGUUGCAGCUGAAUAUGUCCACCAACUCUCUGUUCGGUUCCAUACCCUCCGGCAUUGGAGGAUUGAAAGUCGCUGAGAUUCUUGAUUUGAGUUGUAAUCUUCUCAACGGAACCGUUCCUUCUGAGAUCGGAGGAGCCGUCUCGCUGAAACAACUUCAUCUCCAAAGAAACCGCCUCUCCGGCCAGAUUCCGGCACAGAUCUCUAACUGUUCGGCUUUAAACGCAAUAAAUCUGUCGGAGAAUGAACUAUCCGGUGCGAUUCCGGGGAGCAUUGGCAGUUUGAGCAACCUUGAGUACAUUGACCUGUCGAGAAACAAUCUCUCGGGAAGCCUACCAAAAGAAAUAGAGAAACUUUCGCAUCUCUUGACCUUCAACAUCUCCCACAACAGCAUCACAGGGGAGCUGCCAGCUGGAGGUUUUUUCAACACCAUCCCUCUCUCUACCGUCGCCGGAAACCCAUCCCUCUGUGGCUCCGUUGUGAACCGCUCAUGUCUCUCUGUCCACCCCAAACCAAUCGUCCUCAACCCCAACUCCUCCAAUCCAACAAAUGGUCCUGCUCUCACCGGGCAGAUCAGGAAGAGCGUUCUGAGCAUAUCUGCGCUCAUUGCGAUUGGCGCAGCCGCCUUCAUUGCCAUCGGAGUGGUGGCUGUAACUCUUCUCAACGUGCACGCUCGAUCUAGUCUUUCCCGUCACAAUGCAGCUGCUGCUCUCGCUCUGUCGGUUGGAGAAACGUUCAGCUGUUCCCCAAGUAAAGAUCAAGAAUUCGGAAAGCUGGUGAUGUUCUCUGGCGAAGCGGACGUGUUUGACACCACAGGCGCUGAUGCGUUGCUCAACAAGGACUGCGAGCUGGGACGAGGCGGGUUCGGAGUGGUGUACAAAACAAACCUCCAGGAUGGGCGUCCUGUUGCAGUCAAGAAACUGACUGUGUCGGGUCUAAUAAAGUCGCAGGAGGAGUUCGAGAGAGAGAUGAGAAAACUCGGGAAGCUGAGGCACAAGAAUGUGGUGGAGAUUAAAGGGUACUAUUGGACGCAAUCGUUGCAGCUCUUGAUCCACGAGUUUGUUUCAGGCGGAAGCUUGUACAGACAUCUCCACGGAGAUGAGAGCCUUUGCCUAACGUGGCGUCAACGUUUCAGCAUUAUUCUAGGGAUAGCAAGAGGUCUUGCUUAUCUGCAUAGCAGUAACAUCACUCACUACAAUCUGAAAGCAACGAAUGUGCUCAUAGACGCCACAUGGGAGGCUAAAGUCUCUGACUUUGGGCUGGCCAGAUUGUUGGCUUCGGCGCUGGACAGGUGUGUCUUGAGUGGCAAGGUACAGAGCGCGUUGGGGUACACAGCCCCGGAGUUUGCAUGCCGGACAGUCAAGAUAACCGACAAGUGCGAUGUUUACGGGUUUGGGAUCCUGGUGCUUGAGGUGGUGACAGGGAAGAGGCCCGUGGAAUACGCUGAGGACGACGUAGUGGUGCUGUGUGAGACGGUGAGAGAAGGGUUAGAAGAAGGGAGGGUGGAGGAGUGCGUCGACCCUCGGUUGAGAGGGAAUUUUCCGGCGGAGGAGGCAAUACCGGUGAUUAAACUAGGGCUGGUAUGUGGGUCCCAAGUGCCGUCGAAUAGGCCGGAGAUGGAGGAAGUAGUGAAGAUAUUAGAGCUCAUACAGUGUCCCUCUCAUGACUUAGAGUGAUUCAUCCACUACGGAUGAAUCAAUCCUCCUUGCUUGUAUUUCUUCAUUCCUUUCAGUUUUCAUAUAUUAUCAUAAUAUAGUGUUCGUCUUUUCUAAAAAAGGUUAUUCUCGUGAGUUCACCAGUUAAGUUGUGAAUCUUUUUACACUUGGUUUCAUAGCAAUCACAAUGUUGAAGGUUGGUUCAUAAAGUAGAUCACUCUAA